AUGGAGAAGGGUUGUAUCGCCGUAGCAAUGGUCCAACGCAAAGUCACGGUCGUUCAUGCAUCCCGCUCGCACAAACGCGGCGACGCCUGGAUAGACGUGCACACGUUCACGCCGCUCGGCAACCGCGUCUUCCUCCCCUCCACCGUGCCAGAGGCACGCAUAUCGUCCUUGGACAUCCUCAGCAUCUUCCCCACGGCCGACAAGAUCGGCGUCUCGGGCGGCAUGCUCGAGCUCCCGCCCAAAGCCUACUCCGAGUUCAUCGAGCUCAGCUCGCGCAUGCAAGAGAAGUACGAGCAGCUUUUUAGCACGAUGGCGGCGUCGGGAAAGGUUCGGAGGCGGUGA